AGCCGGACGGACAUUGCUCAAGCCCAUUGCCAGACAUGUAGACGGAGGCGGAGCAUGCCGCUGCGGAGCCAUUUAUGGGAGCUCUUCACCUGGCAGAAAGGCGGCCCGGACGGGGAUCGGGCCUUCUCCUCCCUGUCGCCUGUGCAGUCGGUGCCACGCAAAGAGAUGCGGCCCACGCAGCACAUGAAGCUCUUGCGGUCCAUCAUGUCUGGCAACACGGAGCUCGGCGCCCCCCUGUGCAGCCUCCUUCAAGAGCGCGGGCGGUGCGCAGAACCCAAGGCCAAGGCUUCGGUCAAGGAACCGAAGCGGUUCCCGCGGCUUAGCGUCGUGGAGCCUCCGCCCCCCUUGUGCGGGAGCUCUUUACCCGAAGUCUUCCGCCAACUGUCCGGAGAAGGCGAAGGAAGCCUGCAGGCGAUUUGGAGCCGCCUCACCUCGGAGCAGAGCCAAAGCGAGAAGCUGGAGGUGCAGGAGGCGCUUGUGGAGAGGCGCCCCAGCGACGCUUCAGGAUUGGACGAGAACUCAGAGGCGGAGUCAGAGGCCGUGAGCGAGCUCAUGAAGCCAUCCGAGCCCAUGUCCCGGCAUGUUUCGCCGGCCUUCUCCACCUCCAGUGCUGGCUCUUCACGGAUGUCAAGGAAGGGCACGAGCUUGCUGAUUACCUCGAAGCAAGUCCAGAGCACCGAAACCGCACAGGCACAGGACGUCGCAAAGCGAAAGCUCAACAAGGCCAGGCUUGAGGUUUCGACCUCCGGGCAGCUGGAAACUCGGCUUCCUCAAGGAUUUCCAGCUUGUCUUGAAGGCUCGCGCACGCUACCAAGGACAGAUAUGCGCAAGGGCAUGAGCUUUACCAAGCCCAAGAAGUCAGGCUCGCGGAAGGGCAAGGUGGUCUUCGGGGCCGAGGCGAAGGGCACUGAGACGGCCAAGAAGCCCAAGAAGACGGCGCUACCCUUCAAAGUGAUCAGCUGGAGCUCCCAAAAACGGAGCUUCCGCUCUGCAGCGCAGAACCUGGAAAAGCAGGAGGAUGACUUCGCCAGCGGGAACCAAUGGGAGACGGACGCGUCGCCGGAGCAUUUGCUCGUCUUGGACUUCGGCUCGGAGGUUGAGCUGAGCUGUCUGAAGCUCCGCUGCACCGGGACGCCCUACGACCCCAAGAGCGUCACUGUGAUGCGAGGCAUUUGCGGUAUCGCGGAAGUGGUGGACGAGCACAUCUUUCAGCAAAAGGAGGCACAGCGGCCUGUGACGCCCAUCGGCUUCGGAGUGUUGGCCAGGGGCACGUGGGCUGUGCUCAAGAGAGCCAGCUUGAAGUCAGGGCCCGACGGCCGCGACAAGCACCAGCACAGCCUUCACUUCCCUGGCGCGCAGACGAGGUUCUUGAAGCUCAUCUUCCACGAGUCCUGGUCCUCCACCGGCAACAUCCGGCUCCUGCAACCAUUGACUGUCUAUGGCGGGCCGCUGACUACACCGCGCCGCAAGCUGUCCCUCACCGUCAUGUUCAACGAGCGCUUGCUUUUGGACGAGGUGGAGACAGAGACUCGCAAGAUGGCGCGGAAGUAUGGGAUCCCCAUCGACUACACCACCAACGUCCGCAAAGAGUUCGCACGAUUCGACUCAGAAAGGAGAGGCUUUCUAAACUACGCGGACUUCAAGCAGGUGGUAAGGUCACUGACUACACGCCACGUGCAGAAGGUGUCGCUGCAAGAGAACCACCUGCGAGCCUUGUGGAGCAUUGUUGACAAAGACGGUAGCGGCUGUGUGGACUUCGAGGAGUUUCUGCAAUGGUUCUACACCCACUUCCAGAAGGAGAAGCCUCCUGCGAUGAGUCUCCACAGCGAUGACUUGGUGGACACGGUGACGGAGCACUUCUACGCCUCCAUGGGGGUGAACCGGCUGCGGUGCUACGUGUCUACCCAGGAAGGAGAGGUGGUGGAGGAGGCGUUCCCGGGCCGGCGCCGGGGACAGGAGCUGAAAAUGGCGACGCAGUCUGCCGUCAAGAAAGCAUGGCUGCGGAAGUCCUUGGCUGCGGCAGCAGGCCACUGAGCGGAGAAGACCUCCAGGUGGAUGUGCAAGCCAUUGCCAAGCAAUGGCCUGGUAGCUGCACGCAUGGAA